CUGCCCUUCUUACUCACGUAGCAGCAGCAACAGCACGAAUACCGUUUCCGGCCGGAACCCGCAUCUAUAGCACGCGCAUUUCACAAGCUAGCCACCGCCAACUGCUCGUUCUGUUUCUUCGAAUACAAACUUGCAAAGAAUUAAAAUUCAACAAAUACUACAAAAAGAAGGCCUACACUUUUUUUCUGCAGCAACUACGCCACAAAAAGACGCCUGUAUUAAAUACGUCAAAGCAACCACUGCCCGCCAGCUGCCAGCUGCCAACACAUUUCUCUCUUCCUCUCCUCCUCCUUAUCUUCUAUUCUUCAUCUUCAUCACCUCUUUUUGUCUGAUUCUCCCCAACAGACUCUUUCAAACUCACACACACCUUACUGUAUCUCUGCUCUCCUAACGCCGCCCAUCAUGUCUGACGCUAUCCUCCAAGGCGUCACUGUCCUCGGCAGAGUCGAGCCUCAGCACAAGAAGAUCCUCACUCCCCAGGCUCUCACAUUCCUCGCUCUUCUGCACCGCUCCUUCAACGCCACUCGCAAGUCGCUGCUCCAGCGCCGUGAGAUCCGCCAGGCCGAGCUUGACCGCGGCGUCCUGCCCGACUUCCUCCCCGAGACAAAGCACAUCCGCGACAAUGCCACCUGGAAGGGUGCUCCUCCUGCCCCGGGCCUGGUUGAUAGACGCGUUGAGAUUACCGGACCUACUGAUCGCAAGAUGGUUGUCAAUGCGCUGAACGCCGAUGUCUGGACCUACAUGGCCGAUUUCGAGGACUCGUCCGCCCCCACAUGGGACAACAUGAUCAACGGCCAGGUCAACCUCUACGACGCCAACCGCCGCCAGGUCGACUUCAAGCAGGGUGCCAAGGAGUACAAGCUGCGCACCGACAAGCCUCUUCCCACACUGAUUGUCCGCCCUCGCGGCUGGCACCUCGAGGAGAAGCACGUCACUGUCGACGGCGAGCCCAUGUCCGGCUCUCUCUUUGACUUUGGUCUGUACUUUUUCCACAACGCUCGCGAGACACAGGCCCUCGGUUUUGGCCCAUACUUUUACCUGCCCAAGAUGGAGAGCCACUUGGAGGCUCGUCUGUGGAACGACGUCUUCAACCUGGCCCAGGACUACAUUGGCAUGCCCCGCGGCACGAUCCGCGGCACUGUCCUCAUCGAGACCAUCCUGGCUGCGUUUGAGAUGGACGAGAUCAUCUACGAGCUCCGUGACCACUCUUCCGGCCUCAACUGCGGUCGCUGGGACUACAUCUUCUCUGUUAUGAAGAAGUUCCGCCACAACCCCAACUUUAUUCUGCCCGACCGCUCCAAUGUCACCAUGACAGUCCCCUUCAUGGACGCCUACGUUAAGUUGUUGAUCCAGACGUGCCACAAGCGCGGCGUCCACGGCAUGGGCGGCAUGGCGGCCCAGAUCCCCAUCAAGGACGACAAGGCCGCCAACGAAAAGGCCAUGGCCAACGUCCGCGCCGACAAGCUGCGCGAAGUCACUGCCGGCCACGACGGCACCUGGGUUGCCCACCCUGCUCUCGCGUCCAUUGCCGUCGACAUCUUCAACAAGCACAUGCCCACGCCUAACCAGCACUUUGUGCGCCGUGAGGACGUCAAGAUUACCGCCAACGACCUGCUCAACAUGAACGUCCCUGGUGCCGUUACUGAAGAUGGUAUCCGCAAGAACCUGUACAUUGGUCUUGGUUACAUGGAGGCGUGGAUCCGCGGUGUCGGCUGCGUUCCCAUCAACUACCUCAUGGAGGACGCCGCCACCGCCGAAGUCUCCCGCUCGCAGCUCUGGCAAUGGACUCGCCACGGCGUCACCACCGCCGAGGGCAAGCGCGUCGACAAGGCCUAUGCGCUCAAGCUCCUCAAGGAGGUCACUGACGACUUGUCCGCCAAGGGCCCCAAGGGCCACAAGUUCCAUCUUGCCGCGCAGUACUUUGCCGGCCAGGUCACUGGCGAAGACUACGCCGACUUCCUUACCUCACUGUUGUACAACGAAAUCACAAACCCCGGAUCCCCUAGCCCCGCGUCCAAGUUGUAAGCGGGCUCUUUUUUCUUUACCGUCUGUCAAGUUUACCCUCAUCGCCGCCGUCGCUGGCGCCCUCCCCUGCUCUAUCUACACGGGGGAGAAACGUGUUUUUGGUUUUAGUUUAGCUUUCUGCUGUUUUGCAAACGCCGUCAUGGGAAUGAUUGAUUGAUUGAAUAUACUUUGUCAUUAUACUUACUUACUUACUAACUUGGUACUGCUGCUCUGCUAUGGUGUGGAGGGAUUGAUUGUAUGAGGGCUGUCGAAUCAGAUUUCUGCGACUUGUCGUCUAGCUGGCUAGAUAGAUAGCAUGGUCUCAGGAUAGUGAUGGUCUAGGGAGGAGGCAUGGACAUGUACUGUACGAUAUUAUGUUUGGGGUUUGGAGUUUUGGGGCCUGGUAGACGAAACAAAAUGGAUUGGUCACGAAACGCAUCUGUCUGUAAAGGCUUUGGUUUGGUUGACUGUUGUUGAGCUUUAUCUUUUGGUCUUGCUGAGCCGUGUGUAUUCUGUCCUCUGGUUACUGUUACUCGUAGUGCUUUGCCUUGUCCUUUUAUGCCGUGUGUAUUCCAUCGCUACUGUUGUAGUUGUCGUACGGAGAUCUUGUCUGGUAGUUGUUGUCCCUUAAUCUUGUCUUGAAGUUACUAUACUGACAUCUUACUGUAUCUUCAUGCUUCUAAUUAUAUCAAUUUCCAUCAACUUGUCCCAUCAAUCAUCUACUUUCACUGUCCAUACCAGACAUCCAUUUGCUCCCUCAACCAGACAAUGUCACCUUCCAGUCGGUGUUUGCUUCGUCGGUUAAACGUAGACGCACGUCCAAUACGCUCUUUCAGCUCUCAUCAUCCUGCUCGCCUACACUGACUGACUGACACAUCCCCUCAACCCAGUCUGUCAGUCAGCGCUGUAUUCCUCAUCUUCUCCCAAAUUUACACCACAUCCCGUCCUGUCGUCAGCUUUCUUCCUUCGGUGCCCUCUUUCAGCAUCACCGUUACAUUCUCUGUCAUCCUCCGUAUUCUUCCUCCCAGAUUUACCCCGUGUCCCUGUCCGUCCGCUUACACACAGACGCACACCUUGGCAAAAUACAAAAAUCACCGUCGCCUUUCCCGCUUACACCAUCAUCAUCGCCACGGCAAGUUCCUAUCUACACACACACGUUUUCGGUUGCACGCCAGCCCAUCACCCGCCCGCACGCCCAUUCCUC